GGUGCAUAAUCAACACCUUGUAGCUAUCAUGGGACCAUCACAAUUCCAAAGAUUCCAAAUUUAUGAUCAUAACAACAUUCUCGAAGGACCACUCAUUCCAUUCUAAUCUUCUCUAUCACAUAAACUUCUUUAUAAUCUAAAUCUCCAACCGGUGCACUCUCCUAAAUCCAAAGAUGGCCGCCAUUAGCACCUGCUCCCGCUUCAACCUUGAAGAAGCCAUGGAUAAGGUUUGGUUCCACAAUAAUAUUCUCUUCUUUCAGCCUCACAACUUCAGCAUCUUAUCCAUGCUGCAGAAGGAAGAAAAUAUAUUAAAAUCAACCACUUCCUCUGAAGAUGGCAGCUUUUGUGAGUCACUUCAGCAAGCUGCGGGUGAAAGCAAGAAGAAGAAGAAAACAGUUCAAAAGAUGAAGAAGCUUGGAAGACUGAAUAUAACAGAAAACAAAAUGGAUUCAGAAGACAAAAUAACACAGCAAGCACAGCUGAGAAUUCCGAAGAUAUGUGGGAGCCAUUGGAGCAUAUGUGAGCUCGAGAACUAUGAGAUUGGAGAGUUUAAUGGUCUCAGUUUUGUGUACGGGAAGGGGAAGUUUGGAUCAGAAUGUAUGGAUGAAGAAGAACUGAGGAACAUUGAUGGAACUGACAUGAAAAUAUAUCUGAGAUUAUGGGCCCAAAGGGUGGCUUUUUUAGUUGGCCAUGAGUUUAAUUUGUGAGGUUUGGCUCUGAUGUUAACUGAAAAUAUGGAUUAGAGGUGGAUUAAGAUAAUUAACGUUUGGUUGUGUGAUAUAUUUUGUUAAAUCUAUAUAUAAAUAUGCAAUUAUU